GUCGAAUCCUCUAAUUCUGUUUUGUAUUGCAGGGAGGUUGCCAAAGGAUUGAUGAAAUACCAGCCGGAUAUUAUUAUCAGCGUGCACCCACUGAUGCAACAUGUUCCACUUCGUGUCUUAAGGGGAAGGGGUCUAUUGAAGAAAAUAGUUUUUACCACAGUCGUCACAGAUUUAAGCACUUGCCAUCCUACAUGGUUUCAUAAGCUUGUAACAAGAUGUUAUUGUCCUACAACUGAAGUUGCAAAGAGGGCAUUGAAAGCUGGACUCCAGCCUUCCCAAAUCAAGGUUUAUGGCCUCCCCGUACGCCCUUCCUUUGUCAAGCCUGUGCGACCGAAGGCUGAACUCCGGAGAGAAUUAGGAAUGGAGGAGGAUCUUCCUGCUGUGUUGCUGAUGGGGGGAGGAGAAGGAAUGGGUCCUAUUGAGGCUACAGCUCGGGCACUUGGGGAUGCAUUAUAUGACGAGAAUCUUGGGGAGCCUGUAGGCCAGGUCCUUGUCAUAUGUGGCCGCAACAAAAAGCUUGCAAACAAAUUGCUUUCAAUCAACUGGAAGAUCCCUGUCCAGGUAUUUUUAUACCUUAUGAAGUGAAACUCCAAGCACAUC